AUGCCCACUUACUAUGUCAACCCAUUCGGCCUCGAGACCCCCACGACAACAAACGCUUACCCCAGCCUUCCCUCAACAAUCUUGCCUGAUUCCCCUGAGUUGGACCUGCCUCACAUUGAUACGCGCAGCAACACCCCGGACGGUCAGACCCAAUUGAGGGUUGAUGACAUCCCAGGUUACAAAGCACUUGCUCUCGGCUGGCAGGGAAAACUCGUGAAGGUUUUGGUCGCUUUUAAGCUAUAUGUCGUCUCCAAAAACAAGAAAAAGGAAAAGACCUGGGUCCCAUGCGGCUCGACUUCUGAAUUUCCGGUCGAUGUAACGUUGGGUGUGACCGAUUUCGAUCAGUUCAGAGAGCUUGUGGCAGCGGCUUGCAACCUUCAUUUUAAGAGCACAGGUGGGAUCAUUCGCGAAUCCAUCGAGGAUCCAGUUCGCAUGCCCUUGGCGUGGUUGGUAAGCAUCCCUCGGGUUGACGAAUGGAAGAAGAGCGACAAGGUCAAGAUGAAGGAUGCUUCCGACUAUCAAGACUGGCUUGUUACUGCUUUCCGGGCGGGGAAGAAGAGCGUUGGCUUGGACAUCAGGAUGACCGACCCCGCCGAGGCUAAACGACGGGCCAAGAAAGAGGACCUCCUUGCAAAGCGAGAGGCCCGAGCUGCGGCGGUUAAGGCGUCGGCUUCCAAGAAACGCAAGGCGAAGAAUGGUCGUGGAGGGAGCGGUGGUGGGGGAGACGGUGGUGGUGGUGGCGACAGCGGCGGGGGCGGCGGAGGUGGGGGCGGACCCGAUGGAGCGUAUUCGGAAGUCAGCUCGGAUACCGACAACUCGGGCUCUGAGAUUGAUGCUGAUGAUUUUGACGACAUCAACUUCCACAUGCGAUCAAUCUACCGGGCCCAUCCGACCAAUGUGACUUAUGAUCGGCUCAUCCCGGUUUACAUCGACCCUACCAACCCGCGAAGGUACAUCCUCUUAUCGACGGCGGCGGUGCAGACUUGGGCAAAAGAUCUGAUGGAAAGGACCGCAGGGGUGAGUCUUCAAGCGCCCCCCCGGUCCCUCAAGUACAUCACUAUGUCCCCAUCGAAGCGGGCCAAGUUUGAGCAGACAGUUGGGAACGAUAACGUCAACCUCUUGGGCCAGAUCCUCGUGGCACUCCAAAAUAAUGCGGGUACGCCGAUCGAACGUCACGCGAUGCCAACUUCCUCUCCCCCCAACGAGAGUGACAUGGAAGCUUACCUGGAAUUCAUCUCGGUUCGCAACAAGGAUGAAGUCCUUGAAGUCCUAACCGCUAACGACCUCACAUCCUACAAGAUCUUCAAGGGCGGAUUACCCCGCAAGGAUGUCAUGGACCUUGGGUUGACGCUUGGCACGGUGACCAAGUUGUUUGAGAAUACUGCCAAGUUUGACCGGCACCUAGGCGCUUAGAAACAUGUGUCUCUUGUUUCCUUGUCCCCAAUGCUACUUCAUGUACCGGAGUCCUCACAAAUUGUUUUCUUUGUGGAUGUGUGAUUUGUCAAUACACUUCCCUGCAUCUUGUGUUCCUCACUCAUAACAUGAUCAUUUUUUCAAUAUCCCAUAUCUUGCUACUUGUCCGAAUUGGAGAUGUGCAAUUGCCUCCCACUAGUCUGAUGGCUUUCCACUCGUCCGCAUUUGAG